CGCUUUUUUAUUUCUACCCACAAUUUUUUUCUUGGUAGUCGAGAAGAGCUCUCCUCUCCGUGCCUGGUCUCCCCUCCUGUGUGAAGAUGGGGCUGUCUUUCACCAAGCUCUUCAGCCGGCUUUUUGCCAAGAAAGAGAUGAGGAUUUUGAUGGUUGGUCUUGAUGCCGCCGGUAAGACCACCAUUUUGUACAAGUUGAAGCUUGGAGAGAUUGUGACUACCAUUCCUACCAUUGGAUUUAAUGUGGAGACUGUGGAAUAUAAAAACAUCAGUUUCACCGUGUGGGAUGUUGGUGGCCAGGACAAGAUCCGACCAUUGUGGAGACACUACUUCCAGAACACCCAAGGCCUCAUCUUUGUGGUUGAUAGUAAUGACCGUGACCGUGUUGUUGAGGCGAGGGAUGAACUACAUAGGAUGCUAAAUGAGGAUGAGUUGAGAGAUGCUGUGCUGCUUGUGUUUGCAAACAAACAAGAUCUACCAAAUGCCAUGAAUGCUGCGGAGAUAACUGACAAGCUUGGUCUGCAUUCUCUUCGCCAACGUCAUUGGUACAUACAAAGCACUUGUGCCACUUCUGGGGAGGGUCUGUAUGAGGGACUGGAUUGGCUUUCAAACAACAUCGCAAACAAGGCCUAGAUCUUGCAGGCAGGUUUUUCAUGCCGAUCGUCAUCUUAGCGACGUUCUUUAAGCCCAGAAAGCAGCUCCAGAGAUGACCUCUCCUGCUGUUUCUUGUUCUACAAAACCUUGUAUUUGUUGGUCUCUAGACCAGAGAUGCCUGGAAAUUUUACUUAUGUUGUCAAUUUUUUUUAAUCUUCAUUAUAGGUUGCAUGAAUUUUCUUUUUAUAUUGUAUUUCUAUUCGGUAUUAAUUGAUGCAAGUUUCCUUUUUCAUCCUAACCUGGACUCUGCUUAAUCAGAGAGAUCAAGGAAGCCAUUCUCCACACUGGUUUAACUUUUA